AUGUAAGAAUGCUAGGAAAUUAAAUAAAAUACAACUAAAGCAUUGAUUCCUAAGAAUUCAAUUACUUUAUCGAAUUUUUGCAUGAGAAUGGCUCUUAAUAAUGAAAAUACCCUCCUUUUAUUAGAUACGCUCUUUGCUAUUUCAGUUUAUGCUUUUAAAAAUGGAUUCAUAUAAAAAGUAUAGCUGCUUACAUUUAAUUCUUAAACCUCUGCAACAUUAGCUUUCCUAAAUAAGAAAUCCUAUUUUAUAUCUUGUUCCAAAUGUUCAUUAAUUUUAUGGUCUACUACUCUUUUAGGAAGUUAUAAAUACAUCAAGAAAAUUGCAGAAGACUUAGACUCAACUGUCUGCAUCGCUCUUCAUCCUAUCGAUGAGAAUCUAUUAUUUUCAAGUAGUAAGGAUAAUAAAAUCAAAAUUUUGUCAAUUUCAAUCACAAAAUAGCCAUGCUAAUAAACUAUAUUUGUUCCAAUAGGAAGAAUUAUUUAAUUAAUAAUAAAUCAAGAGGGAUCUAGGCUAAUAGCUUUAGCAGAGUCUAAAAAGAUAUUAGUACUGCAAAGAAAUGGCCAAUUAUGGGAUAUUAAGCAUCAAGUAGAUGUUGAAUAGGAAUUGCAUAAAAUCUGCUUCAUAAAUAACCUUAAAUUCAUUUUUUCUUCUAAAUAAAUGGUUUUAUUUUCUCAUUCAGCAUAAACUCUAUAGGCAUACGACUUAAAUGAAGAAGCAAUCAGUUGUUCAUCUUCAGAAAGCCUUUGUAUAAAUGAAUGCAUGACCUUUUAUAAACCUGACACAUUUCCAUUUUUCUUUGAUUAAAAUAAGUAGGUUCUCUUGGUUGUAGGCUUUUGUAAUAUCAAUGUAAUCAAAUUCCAGAAUUAAGACUCAGGAAAAUUAAUUAUUGAUAAUGUAAUAAAAUAUCGUGAACAUUUAUAAUUUUCAAGUAUCAUUGUUGCAUUUUUGAGUAAAGAUGGAAAUUAUUUGAUGAUUUCAGACUUGAAAUCACUUAAAAUUGAUAUUUUUGAAUUAGAGGAUGUAUAUUGA